AUGAAGUGGGCGGGGAUUGGGGACAAGUCAAAGACCCGGGAAGUUGGCCCUGCAGAGGGUCCCCAGGGAGAAGGCAGCGCGCCGCGAGUGGAGGGAAGGCGCCCGGGAACCGGAGCGGGCGCGGGAGCUUGGGCCCGUAUCAACCAGGAAAGAAUAGUUUGCAAGUAUUCUUCUUUCUCCUGUGGAACUAAAUAUCUGGGAGCAGCUGAGUGCAUAAGUAGUGAAGAUUCUGCUGUUUUAAGUACAGACAUGAUGGAGACUUUGACCUUACAGCCAUAUCUGCCCUGCUAUGUGUCCAGGGAAAUAGAGGAUUUCAGCAGAUCCAGUUGCGAUGUUCCUUUCUGA